AAAAGAUGGUUACUUUACACUUUGGACUUUGGUCAUCUUGUUUGUUUUUCCUUUAACUUUUUCAAUAGUCUUUUUCUUUUGACUUUGAUUAUGUACUAUGUUCUUGAAUUGUUUAACAAGACAUACACUUUAACUUUUUCUCUCAUUUUUUUUUCUUUUCAUUUUGUUUUGUUACCUUACAUAUAUGCUAAUUUAUUUUGCUUAAUGAUUGCUUUAGAGUUGAGAAAGAGCAAAGGAUGGAGAAGUUUACCAGUGCAAGUGAAGAUGCUCAUAAACCUAGAAGGCUCUUGGAUGUUGUACUCUCAUGGCCCCUUGAGGAUGUUCUCAACGAAAAUCUUUUCAAAGACAAGGUUCAUAAGAUUCCAGACACAUUUAAGUCAGUAACAGAAUACAAGACAUCUUUUAUUCCUCUAUUGUUUGAAGAAACGCGCACUGAUUUAUCUUCAAGCUUAUCUGGUGUGUCUAAAGCUCCUUUUUGUGAAAUCAAGAAAGUUGAAAAAAGCAGGCAAUUGAAACUUAUGAAAGCUCAAAAGCAAUUCAAACUGUUCCAGCAUACAAUAAGGUUGAAGAGUACAUUUGAUAGUGUGGAAGAUCGUGAAAACUAUGAACCUGCAACUGGUGAUCUCAUUGCUUUCACAAACAUCAGGCCUAAAAGCUUAGAUGACUUGAACACGCGCAAAAGUCCCUACCAUAUCGCAUAUGUUGUUCGGGCAAAAAAUCAAUUUUCGGAUAAAAUCAAAGUUCUGUCAUCCAAAUCCAUGAAUAUGGAUAUUGAACAUGACUUGGGAAGGAACAACAAGCUGAAAUUGUAUGCAGUUUUCCUUAUCAACUUGACAACAAAUGUUCGUAUUUCAGAUGCACUGAAUUCGCGCUCGGAGGGUGAACACCUGAACAUAAUCAAAACAGUGUUGGGCCCACAUCUAACUAGUGGAGAAAACUGUCAAAAUUGUCUUUCGGAAGAAAAUAGUCAAGCUUCAUUCAUCAAGGAGGACUCGAUAAUUCGUUCUCAGAAACUAAAUGAAUCCCAACUAGAUGCUGUUCUGAGCGGUGUAGAUAUGAUGAAUUGCGAUCACGCUGAUAUGAAACUUAUAUGGGGACCUCCAGGGACAGGGAAAACAAAGACAGUAGCAUGCUUGCUAUUUUCUUUACUCAAGCUAAAAACGAGAACUUUGACUUGUGCUCCAACAAAUACUGCAGUGUUGCAAGUGGCAAUUAGGUUGCAUAAGUUAGUUAUGGAUUCACUCGAGCUUGUUACAUAUGGUUUAGGUGACAUUGUGCUGUUUGGAAAUGGUAAGAGAAUGAAAGUAGAUUGUUAUCCUGGGCUUGAAGAUGUCUUUCUUGAUUAUCGCGUACAGGAUCUAAUGGUGUGUUUUGAUCCGAAAUUUGGAUGGAAGCAUAGCUUGCAGUCCAUGAUACAGUUGCUCAAUUCAAUGGAGGAAUCCGCUAAGAAAAAAACCCGUAAGGCAGUAUUUGCAUACAGGCACAAAUUUCGUGAACAAAGAGAAAAGAUGGAGUUCUUAAUGAAAACCUUAUACACUCACAUGCCAAAAUCUCUCAUUUCACUUGAAACAGUGAAGAAAAUGCUUCAAGCUUUUGAUUUGCUAAGGUCGAUUGGAAUUUCCUUGUGGCAAGUCAAACUCAAGCCAAAAUCUCGCAUUCCUACGUACUUCCAACCGUUAUACGUCAAACGAGAUGAGUGCAUUAGCAUACUAAGUUCACUUUCUGGCACAGUUUUGAUUCCUGUAUUUGACAAGAGAGAUAACAUGAGAGUUAAAGUAGGAAAUUUUUGCUUGUCGAAUGCGUGCCUAAUUUUGUGUACAGCAUCAAGUUCAGUUAAACUAAACACAGCAGAGGUGAGCCCAAUUCAAUUUUUAGUAAUCGAUGAAGCCGCUCAGCUUAAAGAAUGUGAAUCAGCAAUUCCGUUGCAACUGUCUGGUCUCCGACAUUGCAUCCUAAUCGGAGAUGAGAGACAACUUCCUGCAUUGGUAAAAAGCAAGAUUGCAGAUAAGUGUGAAUUUGGACGAAGCAUGUUUGAGAGGUUGGUAAUAUUAGGAUACAAAAGGCAUAUGCUGAAUGUUCAGUACAGAAUGCAUCCUUCGAUUAGCUUAUUCCCGUGCAAAGAGUUCUACGAUGAAAAGCUUUCUGAUGCACUUGUUGUCAGGAAAAAAAGCUAUAACAGGCUUUUCCUUGAAGGAAAAAUGUAUUCUUCUUAUUCUUUCAUUAACAUAACCAAGGGUAAAGAGAAACUUGGAGAUGGACAAAGCAUGAAGAACAUGGUUGAGGUUGGAGUUAUUUCUGAGAUAAUCAAAAGCCUCAAUAAAGUGUUCAUGAGGACAAAGAAGAAAGUUAGCAUAGGAAUAAUAUCGCCAUAUAACGCUCAAGUUUAUGAAAUCCAGGAAAAAAUUAAGCAGUACACUCAGGUUUCUAACUCUGACUUCUCCGUUAGUGUCCGUUCUGUUGAUGGCUUUCAAGGCGGUGAAGAAGACAUUAUAAUAAUAUCUACAGUGAGAUCUAAUCAGAGUGGUAAUGUCGGUUUUCUUUCAAAUAGACAAAGAGCAAAUGUGGCUAUGACUCGAGCUAGAUAUUGUCUUUGGAUAUUAGGAAAUGCGGCUACUCUAAUCAACAGUGACUCUGUUUGGAGAAAUGUAGUUCUUGAUGCUAAGAGAAGAGAUUGUUUCCAUAAUGCGAAUGAAAACAAGAAACUAGCCAGGGCAAUUAAGGAUGUCUUGUUUGAAAUCGAACUACUUGAAGAAAUAGAAUCUCCAUUUAAGAAACUAAGCAUUGGUGAAAAAUCAGAAACACCAACUACUUCCUCUAGCUCUAGGCUUAGCAGGCAAGCAAGGAUACACGCGCGCGCUGCACUGUCACUCUGGCCACGCCAAUGAGCACAGUUUCUGCAGGAUCUACUAUCCUUGUUGCUGCAACAAUGGUGAAUGGAUGGAAGGAAUGAAAAGCAAUUGUUUAACUGAAGAAGAUGAAGAUUAUAGGGGAAAAUAGCUCAGUUUUUAUUCAUCCACUUUGGGGAAAAAUUAGUUGAUUACAAACACCAAUAUGAGCCAAGCUCUUUAUACUAGAUCAUCACAAUGGUUGAUGAUUCUCUUAGGCCCUAACCAACUAAUAACUUCCUAACUGACUCUAACACACUCUAACAACCUAGGUAGAACAAAUCUAACUGACUCUAACAAACUUUAUUAACAAACUUCACUAACAAACUAACUAACUUGCUUAAGAAGCAAUUAGUUACACUUUCCCUUUGUAGCUUGCACACCAAGCCAGCUCAUCAACAAUAUGAAUUAGCUUCUAGAGUCUUCUUAGAUUCAACACACCCCCUUAAUUCAUGUUGUCCACUGUCUCAAUUUUUCAAACACCUGUAUUGUUACAGCCUUGGUUAACAAGUCUGCAACUUGCUCUUCACUUCUGCAGUGCAUUAGGGCCAAGUUACCAUUGCUUACCUGCUCUCUUAAGUAAUGGAACCUUAGCUCUAUAUGCUUGCUUCUUCCAUGAGCAAUAGGGUUCUUUGCAAGAUUGAUAGCAGACACAUUAUCAAUCUUCAAAGUAACAGUUUCACACCUGUCUUGACUGAUCUCUUCAAUUAGGUUUUUCAACCAAAUAGCUUGACAAGUGCGGAGUGAUGCUGCUAUAUACUCUGCCUCACAUGAGGAUAAGGCCACUACAAGUUCCUUCUUUGAACACCAUGAUAUUGGUGAUCCACCAUAGAAAAACAUAUAACCAGCUGUUGAUUUUCUAUCUUCAUGAUCACCACACCAAUUUGAAUCUGUGUAGCCAAUCAGCUUGCAUUCUUUGUCUCUAUCACUUGCAGGGAACAUAAUACCAUAGUUUAUGGUCCCUUUCACAUAUCUAAGUAUUCUUUUCACUGCAAUCAAGUGUGAACUUUUAGGCCUUUCCAUGAACCUGCUAGCAAUCCCUACACUGUAAGCCAAAUCAGGCCUUGUAUUGCACAAGUACCUCAGAGAACCAAUCAGCUUUCUAUAGAAUGUAGGGUCUACAUCCUCUUCUUCUGCACACUUUGUUAGCUGUGACCUUGGCUCAGCAGGUGACAAUGCAACAUUGCAUUUGUCCAUCUCAAACUUCUUCAAAAUCUCUGAUGCAUAUCUAGUCUGGUGCAUUAAGAUUCCUUGCUCAUUCCUCAGAAACUCAAUGCCUAGAAAAUAUGUCAUGAGGCCUAAAUCUGUCAUUUCAAACUCUUCCUUCAAGUCACCCUUGAACUCACUAAUAUAAGAUUCAUUGCUUCCUGUGAUAAGCAAAUCAUCUACAUAUAGACAAAUUAUAAUGACUCCCUUUGCAACAUCUUUCUUGACAUACACUCCAUGUUCUGUGACACAUUUCUUAAACCCUAUUUCAUUUAAGAACUUGUCAAUCCUUUUGUUCCAGGCUCUUGGAGCUUGUUUCAGACCAUAGAGUGCCUUCUUAAGUUUAUACACCUUAAGCUCUUGACCUUUCACUUCAUAACCAGGUGGCUGGGCAACAUAUACUUCCUCUUCUAUAGGACCAUUCAGAAAUGCUGACUUCACAUCCAUUUGAUACAUUGGCCAAUCAUUUAGGUUAGCAAUAGUAGUUACUAACCUAAUUGUUUCCAUUCUAGUAACAGGUGCAAACACUUCAUCAUAGUCAAUACCUUCAUUCUGAAGAAAUCCCUUUGCCACUAGUCUUGCUUUGUAUCUGGUUAUUUCACCCUUUGAGUUCACUUUCAGCUUGUAAACCCACUUCACAUCUAUUGCUUUCUUUCUCUGUGGAAGAUCCACCAGCUCCCAUGUUUGAUUGCUUUCAAUUGAAUCCAAUUCUUCUUUCAUAGCACAUCUCCACUUUUCACUUUGUAGAGCACUAUGCACAUCAAUUGGUUCAGAUUCAGCCAUGAAUGCUAAAUGGAUCAACUCACCAUCAUUGUUCACUUGACCAUCUGAGUUCAUUUCACACUCUUGUAAUCUUGCUGGUAGAACUCUAGGCCUAUUUGAUCUUCUCACCUCAGGCACUGGCUGAUUUACUUGUUCUUCACUAACUUCUUCAAUCAUCACACUAGUUGACUUCUUUCUGUCAUUAGUGUUCCAGUCCCAUUCCUUAAGUUCAUCAAUUAUUACAUCUCUACUGAUCACCACAUUGUUGUUGAUUGGAUCAUAGAGUUUGUAACCUCCAGUUGAGUGAUAACCAACCAAUAUCAUCAUUGUUGACUUAU